UUCCCGUUUCCCUCGUCUUCUUCUCUGCGGCUUAUACUCUCCCAAAAACCCUAGUUCGCUUUCGUCUCCGUACUCACUCCCGCCAUGGAACCCGCUGUCGUCAAAGCAGAAGCGGCGGCGGCGGAGGAGGAAGCCGCGAUCGUACCGGGAAUCACCGACAGCCACGGGCUUUUCAUAACUGACGGCGGUUCGUUAUACGACGGAUUUGAUGACCACGAAGAUUACUGGGAAGAUAUGGACGGAACGUCGGGUCCCUGUAGGAAGAAGGCCAGAGCUGCAGUGGAAUCCGCAGUGCCUUUGGGAUUCCUGGAUCCUCUUCCGCCGGAAGAGCGCGCUUGUUUCAAUUCUCGGAUACGGGCUUUGCCGCCUUCAACUCCGGCGGGUGUGGAAUCGGGGAACCAGCAGUUGCCUGUAGUUGUUAAGCCGGAGGGGGAAGCUUGUGUUCCGGCGUUCCAGAGGUGUAAGCAGUUCUGGAAAGCAGGGGAUUAUGAGGGAACUGUUCAAUCGACUUCUUCUCCCUCGCAUUAUGGUUUGUGUUUCUUUGUCCAUUGAAUUUUUAUUUAUUUUAUAUUUUCAUUGUUAUUGAUGACUGAAUUGUGUAUUGUAGUUGCCAUGGAUCAUGUCAGAGUUCAUCCUAAAUUCCUGCAUUCGAAUGCCACGAGUCACAAGUGGGCU